CUCCCCGAGGUGCCGGUGGCCCCGCCGCCACUCCCUCCGGCUCCCUCCCUCCCGCCGCGGCGCGCAUCUCAUUCCAGCCCUCAUUCCGCGCAUUCCAGCGUCCUCCUCGCACACUCGAGGCCAGGGGGCGGGAGGGCCGCAGCUCCGGCGCCGCCGCGUCCCGCCAGAGCGAUCGCCGCGGCCGGAAGAGUUGGCGCUCGGGGCGGACUCCUUGGAACUGGCUUAGCGCACCCAUCCCACCUUCCCGCACCCUGGGACCGGUCCAACGAGCGCUCCUCCAAGCGGAGCCUUGGAGGGCACGGCCGGCACCAUUACCUCCAACGAGUGGAGCUCUCCCACCUCCCCUGAGGGGAGCACCGUCUCUGGGGGCAGUCAGGCACUGGACAAGCCCAUCGACAAUGACGCAGAGGGCGUGUGGAGCCCGGACAUUGAGCAGAGUUUCCAGGAGGCCCUCGCCAUCUACCCGCCCUGUGGCAGGCGCAAAAUCAUCCUGUCGGACGAGGGCAAGAUGUAUGGUCGGAACGAGCUGAUUGCCCGCUACAUCAAGCUCCGGACAGGGAAGACCCGCACCAGGAAGCAGGUCUCCAGCCACAUCCAGGUGCUGGCUCGUCGCAAAGCUCGCGAGAUCCAGGCCAAGCUAAAGGACCAGGCAGCUAAGGACAAGGCCCUGCAGAGCAUGGCUGCCAUGUCGUCUGCACAGAUCAUCUCCGCCACGGCCUUCCACAGUAGCAUGGCCCUCGCCCGGGGCCCCGGCCGCCCAGCAGUCUCAGGGUUUUGGCAAGGAGCUUUGCCAGGCCAAGCCGGAACGUCCCAUGAUGUGAAGCCUUUCUCUCAGCAAACCUAUGCUGUCCAGCCUCCGCUGCCUCUGCCAGGGUUUGAGUCUCCUGCAGGGCCUGCCCCAUCGCCCUCUGCGCCCCCGGCACCCCCAUGGCAGGGCCGCAGCGUGGCCAGCUCCAAGCUCUGGAUGUUGGAGUUCUCUGCCUUCCUGGAGCAGCAGCAGGACCCGGACACGUACAACAAGCACCUGUUCGUGCACAUUGGCCAGUCCAGCCCAAGCUACAGCGACCCCUACCUCGAAGCCGUGGACAUCCGCCAAAUCUAUGACAAAUUCCCGGAGAAAAAGGGUGGACUCAAGGAUCUCUUCGAACGGGGACCCUCCAAUGCCUUUUUUCUUGUGAAGUUCUGGGCAGACCUCAACACCAACAUCGAGGAUGAAGGCAGCUCCUUCUAUGGGGUCUCCAGCCAGUACGAGAGCCCCGAGAACAUGAUCAUCACCUGCUCCACGAAGGUCUGUUCUUUCGGCAAGCAGGUGGUGGAGAAAGUUGAGACAGAGUAUGCUCGCUAUGAGAAUGGACACUACUCUUACCGCAUCCACCGGUCCCCGCUCUGUGAGUACAUGAUCAACUUCAUCCACAAGCUCAAGCACCUCCCUGAGAAGUACAUGAUGAACAGCGUGCUGGAGAACUUCACCAUCCUGCAGGUGGUCACCAACAGAGACACACAGGAGACCUUGCUGUGCAUUGCCUAUGUCUUUGAGGUGUCAGCCAGUGAGCACGGGGCUCAGCACCAUAUCUACAGGCUGGUGAAAGAAUGAGAGACUCGGGGAGCAGGGAGGGGGGAAGAGACGUGUGUGCAGGAAACGGGGACGUGGGGAGGGGACCUGCAGGGGCAGCCCCCUGAAGUGCCAAGAGAGCUGAGAGGAGCAGUUGUGACUCUACCCAGGAACAAACUGUGCCUGAACCUGAGGUGCCCAACCCCAAAUAAACCCAAGAUGCUGUGUAUUUUCAGAGGACCUGGUCUGGCUGUGUGAGCCUCGGGAGGGACUGGGGGAGCAAGGGGGCCAUCUGGGAGGCAGGCCGGAAGCAGUGCUCAGAGACGUACCCCGGGCAGUUCUGAAGCCAGCGUCCCAGUGGACUCAGCCGGGAACAUCGCUGGACCCUGGAACUGAAGAUGUGACGGUCCCUGUGCUACUUCUCAAGCCCCUGCACUGUGGUGCUGGCCACGCUGUGAGGCCCGAUGAAUGCAUGGGCCACGCACCCACAGCCACGUGCGCCCCUGCUGCACUCCCAGGACGGUUCACACAGAGAGGCCCCCUCCCCUGGGGGGUGGGUUUUAGGUGUGGCGGUGACAGUUGUUGGACGGGGACACUGUUAGAAUUCUCUGGAUAGUUUCCGUCCAUCUCAGUGGAUGUGGAUUCCGUGACCAUCUUCCGUGACCAUCUUCCGUGACCACGUUGGGGGCACUGGUUUCAAAUCAAAGGACCCUGAGGCGGGGAGGGCAGGAGGCGGCAGGGCUGAGGCCGGCCUGAGGAGUCUCGGCGGGAGGUUGGGUGCACCAGUGUCCUCUUGGCUGUGGCCAGGAGGUUGAUGAGAGGUCUCUGGUGCUCCGCUGGUCCCUGAGAGCCAUUGGUGCUUGUGAGGCUUGUUCAAACUCUGUCCCAGCCAGGGUGCCUGUUAGGUGGAGGCCUCCUCAGAGCCAGCCUGCACCAUCUAACUUCUUCCCUGAGGGGUAGUUUCUGUGCUCCCAGGGGUGGAGGAGGGGAGUGGACCCCACCCUGAGCCUAGACUUAGAUAUGCAGCUGAAGGGGUUCCUGGGUUUCUUUCUCCUGAGAACUGGCAUGGGCUCUGAGUUUUGCCAGUCCUGGCUUCGGUCCUAGUAUUCUAAGCUGCCUGACCUUGGGCAUUUGUCAACCUGUCUGAACCUUAGUACCCUUUCCUCUCUGUAGAGUGGAAGAGAUGGAGUCUGUGAAGCGCCUGGUGCAAGCUGUACUAAUACAUCUAACAAUGAGCUCCUCCCUCCCUCCCUUCCUGCCUCCCUCCCUGCCUCCCUCCCUCCCUGCCUCCCUGCCUCCCUGCCUCCCUCCCUCCCUCCCUCCCUCCCAUGGGGAGGCCAGAAUCUGGCUGCUUGCUGCCACCUAGUGGCUCUUUGGGGUCAUCUUCCCUCAUAGGAACCACAGAUCCAGUAGCCUAGAGCAGAAAGGGAAGGAAGAUUCAACCUAGGGGUGUUUAUGUUUAUCGUGUGUCCGGCACUCGGGGAGAUAGUGCAUGGGACUACAUAAGUAAGACAGCAUCGAAGAGGUGUCUUGGAGUGUGGUUAGGAGCGAGGGCUCUGGAGUCAGACAAGCUACAGACUAGCUGAGUCACCUUGGGGCAAGUUAUUUCAUUUCACUGUGCCUCAGUUUCCCCAUCUGUAAAAUUUGUAUAACGAUAACCUACCUCGCGUAUCUACAGUGCCUAGCAUAGUGCCCCACAUAAAUGUGUUCACUAAAUGUACGUCGUUAUUAAUCAUAGGAGCUUGCAGUCUCACUAGGGCCGACUGGAAAACUAUUAAGUGAUCCUCAAAGCCACUGGCGCUCAGAGACUAGAGAGAUCAAGGUGCAGAAGACUCAGGGAAGGGUAGUCUUGAGGGCAGCUGCCCUUAAAGGGUGGGCAGCAUUUAGUGAAGCAGAUGGAGGGAAGUUGACCAGCAUCCCAGAUGUGGGGAAGAGGCCAGCAGCCUUGUCUCCUCCACGGCCCAGCCCCCACUGUCUUACCAAAGAACAGCUUUAACCAAACCCCUCUGGGCAUCAGGACCACCGCUACACCUCUUGCCAGGCUGCAGAGCUAUGCAGUCUGGAGGCCCAGCUCUCGUCAGAAGCUGGGGCAUGGGCUCUAGGGGAACCUGGGGUCGGAUGAGCCCCUGAGCAGGUGGCAGGUGCCUACAUGUCCCAGUGUGGGUUCGUGUUUGUGUAAGGCUCUCCUGCCCCCACCCCCAGGCACCAGCACAGCCUUUGCCUUCACUCUCUCCCCUCCCCUGUCCCUGGGGGAUUGAAUAAGGGAAGCUGGGGUUGGCCGUCCUUCUAGCUUGAUUGGCAGCACCAGCGCUGUGACGGAAGGAUGUGUCGUGCCAGCAGCCUCUUGGCCGCAGGACAAAUGCACAUUUAAAGAGAUAACCUUUUUGUGUCCUGGCUGGGAAAGAGGUCAGUGCAGAUGUUUUUGGGUCCAGGUGUUGGCUGUGAGUUUUCCUUUCCUCUAUGAACUGACCUCAGCAGCCUAGUGGACAGUCACCUCCUUACAGGUGUAAAAUCCAAGCCAGUCAACCAUAGCAGGUGGCAGACUUAGCUGCCUUCCCUGUGGUGUGGUGCAGACCAUGACCCUUGAGGCAAAUGGGUGAGCUGGCCCCACCUCGCCUGCAGCCUCCUCUGAGGCUCCCCUGCUGCCUCCCCACUAGCCUCCCUGAAUCGCCUACUUCCCAGCACCCCCAGCCCGUAGUUCUCAUCCCGUCUUCCAUCUGCGAUCUGGCGCUCAUUCUUCCAGAGCCAAAGAGGAAUCCCCUCUUCUCAUGCAGAAGACAGUCAUGCCUGCCCUUGUGUGUCAAAAGCAUUGCAUUUAUGCCCUGUUAGAACCCCUGUCACAAGCAUGGUGCCUGAACACAGGUGCCUCUGUGGUCUCUUCUCAUCCUCACCCAAUGGGUACUAUGCUAGCCCCAUUUUACAGAUGAGGCAAACGUGGCACGGAGAGCUCCACUAACUUGCCUGGAUGAUUCAUGCAUCCAUCCAUUCACUUAGCAAAUACUUAUUUAACUUCUGCUUUGUGCUAGGCAGUGGGGAUGUGGCAGUGGGAAUGUGGCAGUGAGGAAGACGACAGACAGGCUCCUUGGGAAGCAGAGUAAGCAAGUGAGACAGGCGGGCGUUUUGAGGCUGCGCAGGCGCUGAGAUGAGUUGCUGGGGGAGGCCUCUCUGAGGCGGUGGGGCUUGAGUUGAUUCUGAAGGACAAGAAGAGCCAGCCCUGGGGGGGCUGGGGGAAUGGUAUUCCAAGUGGAGGGAACAGCAGGUGCUGGGGGCAGGGAGGUGACAGAUGUGUCCCAGGUACAGAGAACAGAGUGAACAGGAGAGAGGAGGGGGCCAGGGCAUUCCAGGUGGGGAAAGGCAGCAGGUGGCCCAGUGGUACCCCCUCUUUUGGCGAGGGCUUUGGACCUUACCCGGUGUGAUGGGAAGUCCUGGAAGUGUGUUAAGCAGGGGAGUCUUUUUGAUCAGAUUUUCUAGAAAACGACAGUGGGCUGCUGUGGACCUCAGAGAGGCAUGUGUGAUAAUGUGUUUCGGGCUCUUCCCACGAAACUCGGCUCGGCUCAUUUCCUGGUUCUGUUUGAUGAGUGAGCGAAUGCACAUGGCAGGCGGUCAUGUCCCUUGGGCCUGUGAGGUGAGGAAGGGUCCCUGAGCCCUGUGGGGAUAGAGACUCUUCCACCAUUCUGACAUGAUCCGAGUUAGCAGGCAGCACUGUCCAGAUGGAAAUGGGGAUGGGAGACAGACCAUCUCUCUCAGCGGGUCCAGCCAUGAGCCAGCAGACUGUUUCCCGUUGGCCCCCAUCUUUCAGAGUGGGAUGAUCUUUCUAACAAAGAAAGCCACACAGGAGUUUGGUGCGUGUGUGUGUGCGUGUGUGUGUGUGUGCACAUUACCUUUCAGGAUGGAAGCCGGUGGGGUGUGGAGCGAGGGGCUGGCAUGGUUGGCCUCGCCCAGCUCCUGUACCCUGUGUGUGCCUAGAGCAUGCACCUGCUCCCUCUGCUGGGCUGAGACUCAGAGGACACUGGGCAGGUGGUGGGGGGUAGGAGGGUCGUGGCUGUGUUGGGUGGGGCCACAUCAGGUGUGUGGCACAGAGGGGGAGGGGGAGGUGGAGUGGCAGUGUGUUCCACCCAGCAGUCCCUGUGUUUGACCUCUUCGUACACUCUCUGUUGUAUUAGCUCUCAGAAUGAAAACGAGAUACUUUUCCCCAAUCUAUGUACGUUGUUCUUAAGAAUGUACACUUGGCCAGGUGCAGUGGCUCACGCCUGUAAUCCCAGCACUUUGGGAGGCCAACGUGGGUGGAUCACCUGAGGUCAGGAGUUCAAGACCAGCCUGGCCACAUGGCGAAACCCCAUCUCUACUAAAAAUACAAAAA